AUGAAAGAUUUCAUUGAAAAAAGCCACAUUCUUCGAACAGCUGGUAGAAUAGAUAUAGAUCCGCAAAAACUGACACUCGAUUGUGAAUUAAUCGGUGUUCAACAUGAUGAUUUAUUGUCAUUUCGAAAAACAAUGAAAGUUCGUGUAUUUGAUAUGGAUCAUUCCGUGCCUUGUUGUGGUUAUGGUUUUUAUGAAUGUCGGAAAAAAUUAAAAAAAGAGUAUCAACAUUUGACCAGUCAAGACAUUGUCAACAUGCGACGAGUCGAUAAUAAUUUAGAACUUUCUGAAGCUAGAUUAUUUCCAUUAUUUGCUUUCAUGGGUGACACAACACCGAUUAUCUUUGAUAGAUAUUCCGUUGAACUUUUCCAGUUUCCGUUGAUUAUUGUUGAAUGUUCAUUUAUUGAUAAUGAACAGCAUGCAGAGCGAGCUUCUGAUGUUAAACAUGUUAUCUGGAAUGAUCUUCAACGAUUUGUCUUACAACAUCCAGAAAUUAUCUUUGUAUUAAUCCAUUUUUCGCAACAACACAACAGUGAACAAAUAAGAGACUUUUUUCGACAGUUAAAUUUACCGAAUGUUGUACCAUUUAUAUAA